AUGUCUCCUUAUCGGGUUGUCUUUGGCAAGGCAUGUCAUUUACUUAUUGAGAUUGAGCAUCGGGCCGACUGGGCUGUGAAGACCUGCAACUUCUCCAUUGAUCAAGCUGGUCAGGAAAGUAGGUUGCAACUAAAUGAGCUUGACGAGAUCCUCUUGGAAGCCUACGAGAAUUCAAAAUUCUACAAGGAGAAAACCAAGAAGUUCCAUGACAGUUUGAUAGCUAGGAAGGACUUCGUGGUUGGCCAGAAAGUUUUGUUGGACAAUUCUCGGCUUGGAAUCAUGGGUGGUAUGUUACGAUCAAAGUGGAUUGGACCUUUUGUUGUUACUAAUGUUUAUCCUUAUGGUAUAGUUGAGAUCAAAAGUCAAUCUACAGAUAAGAGCUUUAAAUUCAAUGGGCACCGGCUAAAGCCAUUCCUCAGCAAUCCAUCUUUUUUGGAUGUUGUUGUAGAGGAGAUGUCUCUGCUCGACCCUACUUCUCUCUCACUGCCUUGA